AUAGAUAGGCCUACACAUACGAAUCAUAAGUCAAAACGGGCUAAAUUUGGCUGAAUUAUAAAAGGUAUAAGUGGUAAUAUGAAGGGCAGUUUUGGAGCAGAACAAGCCUGCUCUUGUUGGUGAGCUGAUCCAAAUGAUCCGGCUCCCUAAAAAGAGCCGAAAUUCCCAUCACUAGUUGUGUUGCCUCCCUAACCAAGUAGAUGUGGUGCCAAAACCCUAACCACACACAUCGGACUGAGCCAAUCAGAGGCCGAGUGGGGCAGGUCAAUUUCGCAGAGUGCGAGGGGUGCAGAGCGGGCUGACGUCUCCGGCUCCGCUGCAGAACGCGGUGGUUGCAACACCAAUACUUGCGCAUGCAGCGGCGACGCUCCUUCGCCAAUCCUCCGGAAUGUGCGCCUCGUCAUCUAAAAGAAACGCCUAUGCUAUUUAUUUGAAUGACUGUGUGCUUAUUUCUCAAAGUGGGCGUAACAAAGACACAGCCUCGAUGAAGAAAUGCCCUUCAUAUAGCGCAAUGACCAAGUGUGAUCGGGUCACUACCAGACGCGGAUGAUUUCAGAAGGGGAAGGUUGCGUUGCAGCUUCUGUAUUUCUACGUAAAGACAAAGAUCGGUUGUCUUUUUCUAUUUGUCUUAUUUAGUCCGGGUUAUUUUCCCACCGGGGAGAAUAGCAGGUUGUGUUCGGACAGCAGGGCUGCUACAUGACCGAGCUGAGCCGAGGGCAGAAGGCACCACAGUGGGUGAAUGAGCGCAGGUGGAUGGCCAAUCUGACUGUCCCGCCGCCGUCCCUCCUUUCCGGUCUCGACAGUUCCCCCCUGUGUGGUUUCACGGAGCAGGACGGGCUUCGCCGUGAUCCGUGACCAGGUACAAGAACAUCCAUAAAUGCCCAACAUGCUUCCCGGAGUCGGCGUGUUCGGCACCAGCUUGACCGCGAGGGUGAUCAUCCCCCUGCUGAAGAACGAGGGCUUCGCCGUCAAGGCACUAUGGGGCCGCACUCAGGAGGAGGCGGAGGAGCUGGCCAAGGAAAUGAACGUUCCCUUCUACACGAACCGAAUCGAUGAUGUGCUGCUGCAUCAGGAUGUGGAUUUAGUAUGCAUCAAUCUCCCUCCGCCAUUGACGCGGCAGAUCGCUGUCAAAACGCUAGGCAUCGGUAAAAACGUCAUCUGCGACCGCACCGCCACGCCCCUGGACGCCUUCCGGAUGAUGUCGGCGGCGCAGUACUACCCCAAGCUGCUGAGCAUCAUGGGUAACGUGCUGCGCUUCCUGCCGGCCUUCGUGAGGAUGAAGGAGCUGGUGGAGGAGGGCUACAUCGGGGAGCUGCUGGUGUGCGAGGCCCAGGUGCACAGCGGCAGUCUGCUGGGCAAGAAGUACAACUGGAGCUGCGACGACCUGAUGGGCGGCGGCGGCCUACACUCGGUGGGCAGCUACAUCAUCGACCUGCUCAGCUUCCUGACGGGCCGGCGCGCCGCCCGCGUCCACGGCUUCCUCAAGACCUUCGUCACGCAGACGGAGCACAUCCGGGGCAUCCGGCAGAUCACCAGCGACGACUUCUGCACCUUCCAGAUGGCGCUGGAGGGCGGGGCCUGCUGCACGGUCACGCUCAACUUCAACGUGCCCGGCGAGUUCCGCCAGGAGGUGGUGGUGGUGGGCACGGUGGGCCGGCUCACGGUCAGCGGCACCGACCUGUACGGCCAGAAGAACAGCGACGAGGGUGGCGGCGGCGGAGGGGGGGGGCCCGAGCUGCUGCUGAAGGACACCACGCCGCUGGAGAAGUCCUCGCUGCCCGAGAAGGCCUUCAGCGACAUCCCCGCGCCCUUCCUCACCGGCACCAUCCGCAUGAUCCAGGCGGUGAGGCAGGCCUUCCAGGACCAGGACGACCGGCGCACGUGGGACGGCCGGCCGCUGACCAUGGCGGCCACCUUCGAGGACUGCCUGUACGCGCUGUGCGUGGUGGACACCAUCAAGAAGUCCAACGCAUGCGGGGAGUGGCAGAACAUCGUGGUGAUGAAGGAGGAGCCGGACAUCAGCCCCGCCUACCUGAUCAGCGAGGCCAUGCGGCGGAGUCGGAUGUCUCUCUACUGUUAGACCACGCCCCCCCCCCUGUCCCCCGCCGUCCGUCCCCAAGCGACGCCGAUCUCGCCAAGAUUGCCGCCUGCUCUUUGCACUAUCACCGUGGACCUGGGUUGGAGGUUGCGGUGCAUCAAGUUCUGAACAGCACUGAUAUGGUACGUCUACGAACCAGUUCCAAUCCUUUUGAAAUCCGUUCUGACAUUUGUCCUCGGCUCCAAAUCUGCAUCAUAUCUGUUACAGAGCCGAUUAAUCAGGAGCACACAGGAAAGACCGCGCAGCCCUGCCCAGAGGGCUGACCCAACCACCACAGUGGUUUGUACGUGGAGGAACGGCAAUAAUGUAAUAGGUCAAACCUUUUAUUUAUGAAACUAUGAACAUUUCUAUGAACAAGUCGCCCUACAAGCAGGAUAGGAGUUGGGUUUCCUUCCUGUGAUCGGUUUAUGCAUAUUGUGGCAAAUAGUUUACGUUGCUGCGACCUCGCAAACGGUCUCACAAAUACGGCCAAUUCAAACCGACCUGUCCAAGAAGGCUGUGUCCCGUGGAGCAUCCACGCUACCAUCCAUCUCCUUUAACAUUUGUAACGCAAAACGCAAACGCUCUUUUUCAAAAUUAGGCGUGUGUCAAUGUCCUAUUCCAAUUGCUGGUCCAUAAAUCGGUGUGCAUGAGCCUUCGCACGUUUUCUAAAUGCGAGUGCAACGCAGCAAAUCAUUAGCCGCAACGUCCGCAGAGCAGUGGACCCCCGAGGAGGACCGUCCUGGAGAUGGCUUCACUGGGACCUGGCGUUGAUCUUCCUAUCAUCCUUAUCAUGAGCUCACGUGCAACGUGGAGUGGGCCUUGUGCAGGGUCCACCCUCAUUUGUAAAAGAGACUAAUACUACUACUACUACUACUACAACUAUUACUACUACUACUACUAGUACUACUGCUACUGCUACAACUAUUACUACUACUUCUACUACUACUAUUACUACUACUACUGCUACUACAACUAUUACUAUUACUUCUACAACUCCUACUACUAGUACUUCUAGUACUACUGCUACUGCUUUGACCAGGGCUGAAUUCAUGUUAAUUAAAACAAAUAGCUGACUACGGAAGUGACUAGUGACGUAACAAGCCUCUCCCGGCGGGUUUCCCCUGACUGAGACAGGAUGACUACACCUUACACUGUGGGUCUGUCCAAGGACCAGCCCAGAAGGACCUGGAGCUCUUCAAUAUAACUGUGCCGCUUUAUAUCGGUAAUAAUAAUGCUAUACGCCAGACAUGAUGCAAGUUUUACAAAAUGUGAAUGUGCAAAGGAGUCAAAUGCCUGAUUGCUUCGGUCUUUGUUUUCUGUCAGCCUUGUUGUUGCUCCUGUAUCUGUGAAUCCAUAGAAAGAGAGAAGGAAAAAAAUCAAUAGUUUGGCUUUCAGAGGGAACUUUAGCUCCCUCUGAUGCAGGCGAUAGUAUGCAAUAUAAUACCUGAGGGCUCCCAACUAGUUUGUUCAUAAUAGUAUUGGAUCCGCAUUAAGGAUAUGGAUCCUUUCCCUUCUCAUAAUUUGAGAGCUAAUAUGCUAACUAAGUAGCCUAUAUGCAUUCCGACUUUGCUGUGAAGCAAUGUUUAAACCGUUGACAGCCCAGCCUCAUGGUUAAUAAAUGCUAUCAUCAUCUGCGUAAUCUUCAAAGAUAAUGGAGCAUUUUCAUAAACACAAUCUGCCCCUCAUUCCUAUUAGCAUAUAUGAUGUUUGUUAACCAAAACAAUGUAUUGGCAUUCUCUGCCAAGUCUGCAUGCUGGGUUUCCUGCAUUUCAGCUGCCGUGCUUAAAGUCUGGAAAUUACUGCAAGUUAACACAGAGAUGUCCGUUAAAGUUAGCCAUAGCUUCAGUCUAAUCAAUCCUCUCUAGCAAAACAGAUGAACAGUAUUUGGUUAACUGCAAAGGGAACACUUAAGAACUAAUGCUUAAAGCAGUGGCAGAUAUGAAGUCAAUCUUGCAGGUAGGAAUUAAGACUGAAACAACAUGUAGAAUUCAGCACAGCCUCGCGUUCAAGUAUCGCGCUUCAUGCAGUCCAGUACCGUACAGGAUUGUACGGGAUACUCAACAAAUUCAUUGGCAUACAAAUCAUACAUUGCAAUCAUGGCAUAUAAUCCAUACAUUGAAUGCAACUUUAUCAAUCAAAAUCCAAUUUUGAUUGUGUUCCCGAAUUGGCUUUCCUAGUUAUAUCACCUGAAGCAUAUCGAUUUUAGUUCAAAUGUAAAGUAUUCCAAGACAACGUUAAUGAAAGGGACAACAAAAGUACAUAUGAUGAAUUGCUUCACAUUUUUAUAUUGGUCGCACAUUAGUAUUCACCAACAGGCCCUCACAAAGCCAAAUCAUUUUAAUCAAAGGUUUUCCUCAAAAAUAUGCAAAAACAAUUGAGCUCCAUUUUGACAUUAGUCAAAGAUGGCAAAGGAAGACUAGCACACUGAAAAGCCAAAAGAUUGAUUUUUUUUUAUGUAAAUCUCUUAUUUAUAAUUUUUUAGAUGGUCAGGAUAAAAUGUUGUUUUCCUGUGAGAUAUACAACUCUUGAAUUGUGCUGAAGUACUAUCUUAUAGGAUUAAGACUACUGAUUAUUGUACAUAUUGUGAGGAUAUAAUGACAUGCAUUUGUUGUAGGCAAAUAAAGCAAGUGCUGUAAGUAUUUUAUUUGUAAAAGAACAUUCAAGAAAAGGUGUUAUGAACAAUACACUGUUCACAUAUUUAUUUAUUUUUAAUGAUUUGGUGCAUACAGCUUUUUUUUUCAAUACAUGAAAUACUGGAACACAGUCUGUUUCCCUUUUUAUUUCCAAAAAAUCAGUUGGGUGAACCCAUAUGUGGGAAUUCAACACACUAACACAAGCAUGCACACACAAACACACACACACACACACACACACACACACACACAAACCAACAGUUUUUUUUACAUAGUGUUUAUUGUUGUCAUAUAGCUCAUACUCAUACCAUAUAAGUUAGUUAUUAUAUAAGUCGUUUUAAUCAUAAAUAACCUGUGUGCAAUAUUGUUUGAUACAAAUGUAAAAAGAUUAAUAUAACAUAUAACAAGGUGAUAUAACAAGGCUGAUCCCAUCACUUGUUUGGGACAUUUGCCCAAUUAGUUUUACAAGACGAGGGUUUGAACCUCUUCAAUCUAACCCUAUAUGGAGGUGCUGAUUUGACACAAGGCCAUAACAAUUGCAACCGUCAUAAAAGGGUACUUUAACAUUGUAAUGCUUAUUAUAAAAACACUGAAAAUA